AUGUCAGCUCAGCAGACAGGAACACUCAAGGCACCUGAGGGUGAGCCCUCUCCAGUAUCACCAGCAACAGCAGUCGAUCCCAACUCCUUCUCAGACGACGAGAACCCAAUUCAAUCACCAAGAUUCGUACCAUCACACUCUCAACAACCCUCAAGAGGCGGCUCACGUUCAGUCCCUCUACGUCGCACAAACACCCAGACACGGCAGAGGGAAUCAGUAGACGACCCCUUGCCUACCGGCGUCUCUACAAAGUCCACACGUCCUCUGAAGGACAACGCCCGUUUCGGGGACUACGACGACGACUCAGAAACGGAUCGCUACUGGGGAAACAACGACCGCCAUCCAGACUACAGCGGCGGUCGUGCACCUCGGACGCGCCCUCCUCGCGCGCACUUGAACCGUCCUCAGCCGUACUUCAACUACGACCCCCAGACGGAGACCAAGGACUACUACGAGGAGACUCGCUCGUACGAGCCCGGUGACUACGGCGGCCGACCGCCCUCGCGCAGGAUGUACGACGAGGAGAUGGCGGGAUACCCGCGCAGCGGUGUCGCUGUUCGCAGCACCAACGGCGAACAGGCUCGCAUUGACUGGCACAAUCUGUCCAGAGAAGAGAAGGCCCAGGUCAUGCGUCUGCCUCUCACCCAGUGGAUGAACUCGGACUUGAAGAACCACUUCGUCGCAAGUCUCGGCGAGCUCGUCGGAACUACGAUGUUUCUGUUCUUCGCCUUCGCUGGCACAGAGGUUGCCAACAUCAAGUCCGCUUCCAACAACUCUAGCAACCCGUCAGACAGCAACUCUACUACCGGAGCCUCCACGGGUUUCAACACCGGCACUCUUCUCUACAUCUCCAUCAUUUUCGGCUUUUCUCUCAUGGUCAACGUCUGGGUCUUCUUCCGCAUCAGCGGUGGCUUGUUCAACCCAGCCGUUACGCUUGGCAUGCUCCUCGUCAAGGCCAUUCCCGCAUCCCGUGCUGCUUGCUUAUUCGUUGCUCAAAUCUUGGGUGGUAUGCUUGCGUCGGUCAUCGUCCGCUUCCUGUUUCCCGAGAACUUUAACGUCCGUACAACGCUAGGAGGCGGUGCUUCACUGGUACAAGGUGUUUUCAUCGAAGCCAUCUUGACGGCCGAGUUGGUCUUCACCAUCUUCAUGCUCGCCAAGGAGAAGCACAGAGCCACUUUCAUCGCUCCCGUUGGUAUUGGUCUGACGCUCUUCAUUGCCGAGUUGGUCGGUGUUCAAUUCACGGGUGGUUCGCUCAACCCGGCACGAAGCUUUGGACCCUGCGUCAUCACGGCAACCUUCGACCCGGAACACUGGAUUUACUGGGUCGGGCCUUUCCUUGGCACAAUCAUUGCCGUCGUCUUCUACAAGUUCAUCAAGACCUUGGAGUAUGAGAUGGCCAACCCCGGUGCAGACGGUGACCCUGAGAAUGAUCCUACUCAGAACCCCGCAAAGCUGGCAGAACUGCGCAUGUCCCGCACAAAGUCUGCCAAGCAAGGUUGA